GGCCGUGGGGGCGAGAGUUCCGUUUCUGACUUCGCUCUUAGACUUGGGUUUCCGUGGUGCUCUCUCUUCUGGCGGAGUGACGGUGCGGAGCAAUGGCGAGCGCUCUUACGCAUUUUGUGCUGAAUACCGGAGCUAAAAUGCCGGCGGUGGGAUUAGGGACAUGGCAGGCCGAGCCGGGAGUCGUGGGUCAAGCCGUUGAGGCGGCUAUUAAGGCUGGAUAUCGCCACAUUGAUGGUGCUCGAGCUUAUAACAAUGAGAAAGAGAUUGGUGAAACACUGAAGAAGCUGUUUGCUGAUGGUCUGGUUAAGAGGGAGGAUUUGUUCAUUACCUCCAAACUCUGGUGUAAGGAUCAUGCACCAGAAGAUGUACCAGUUGCACUAAACCAAACUCUGCAUGACUUGCAACUUGAUUACAUCGAUUUGUUCCUUAUCCAUUGGCCUGUCCGGAUGAAGAAGAACUCAGUGGGAUUUGUGCCUGAAAACCUUGUUCCAGCAGAUAUACCUGCCACCUGGAAAGCCAUGGAAGCACUAUAUGACUCCGGUAAGGCCAGAGCCAUUGGGGUUAGUAAUUUCUCGACAAAAAAGCUGGGGGAUCUUCUGGAAGUAGCACGUGUUCCUCCUGCUGUUAAUCAGGUGGAAUGCCAUCCAUCUUGGCAGCAAAACAAACUUCGUAAUUUCUGUAAAUCCAAAGGAGUUCACCUCUCUGCAUAUUCACCACUAGGCUCUCCGGGAACUACAUGGAUCAAGAGUAAUGUGCUUUCGCAGCCAGUUGUGCUCUCAGUUGCUGAGAAAUUGGGAAAGACCCCUGCACAGGUUUGUCUUCGCUGGGGCUUGCAGAUGGGAAACAGUGUGCUUCCUAAAAGCACAAAUGAAGGAAGGAUCAAAGAGAACUUUGACGUCUUUGACUGGUCUGUACCUGAAGAUUUGAUGUCUAGGUUCUCUGAAGUUGAGCAGGCAAGGCUUAUUAGAGGCACAUCUUUUGUGAGUGACACCUAUGGCUCAUACAAAACUGUUGAAGAACUAUGGGAUGGUGAAAUCUAAAGCUUGUUUGAUAAUGCACUUGCAAAUAGGCAACCAGGAAGCGCCUCCCCGUUCAGUUUAAUACUUCUUUUUAAUUAAGAAUAUUCAGGCUGCACCCAUGAUUCUAUGAAUGCCUGAAUGUAUCAACGUUCCUAUAUAUACUCUGGUAUUUAAAACUUAUGGAGUAAUAAAAUUUCUUUGCGGACAGUUGGACACUAUUUGAAGUGGGUUAGUACUGUGUCUGUUUGAUGUCAACUGCGGGUGUCGAAUGUCAAUGGUUGGGUA